AUGCUACAGACGGAAGAGAACUGGAAUCAAUGUCUUCAGACCUUAGAGGGUCAUCUUGCGACAGUCCGAUCAGUUGCCUGGUCACAAGAUAAUACCCGAAUGGCAUCAGGUUCGGAUGAUUACACAGUCAGAAUCCGGGACUCCACUACUGGCCAAUGCGUGUUGAAGCUUGAGGGGCAUACUUAUUUGUUUCCUGAUCAAAGCACAACAGGAUUGCAUCAGGAUCUUAUGAUGGGACGGUUAGAAUCUGGGACCUAG